CAUUAGGCGCCGUCCCGGAAAAAAGGAGUAUAUAAACAGUGCUUACACAAGACCAGAGGUAGAUCGGUCCUAUACGAAGAAUUAUUUACAAGCAUUGCUUAUUCCCAAACAGUCACAAGAUAUUCGAUAGCCAUAGUUGCAGCCGGCAAGGUUGAUUAAAGAGAGGUUCAUUAAACAUUUGAAGUUACUGCGGAACAUCAGACACGAUCAGAAAUGAAUGGUAUUUUUGGACGUUUGCCACCCUGUACAAUGAACGGGUACAACUACAGUCGUCCACAGAGCAUGGAUUUUUACGACCCGACCGAAGCUGUGAUGUAUGGACCUCCACGAAAACAACGUCGUGAGCGUACGACUUACACCAAAGCUCAGCUUGAAAUUCUGGACGAGCUAUUUGCUAAAACAAAAUAUCCGGACAUCUUUAUGAGGGAGGAAGUUGCUAUGAAAAUUAAUCUUCCGGAAAGCAGAGUACAGGUAUGGUUUAAAAACAGAAGGGCUAAGUUUCGACAGCAAAACAAGCAACAACAAGGCGCCCCAAGCAAGCCUAAACCAACAGCAGCUAAGCCAAGAAAGAGCCCCACGCCACCUGCUUCACAGCAUGUCCAAGAUCCAUCGCCAAAGCCAUCCCCCAUAGCACAGGCACCCCCUCAACAGUUCAACAACUUUACUUUUAAUGGUCCCAAUUGGCCUAGCAAACACAAUAUGCAAGAAAUGGCCAACUUCCACAGACAGGCCAACUAUCAAAAAUUUAUCAAUAACGGAAUGAAUGGAUUCCCUCCGUCUAAUUUUGGGCCCACUUCGUCACCGCAAGCUCAUUUCUACCCAAGCCACGAACAGUACUUCUCCUAUAUGUCAAAUGCUGGACCCGUCUCAAAUGAGAUGUCCCGGAAUCGAUUAGAAUCCACUAUGAUGUGCUGAAAGUUCCAAUAUUUCAUGAAAUUUGCCACCAAGCUUUAUAACUCUUCAGAAGAAAUUCUUAGUGUGUAUUAUGCCAUAUGGCUGUAUAUAUUAGAUGUAAAAGAAGCUCGUCCUCGAACUGGUGAGAAUAGAAUAACUAUUACUGGCUGAGCAGGAAAGAAGUUUCGAUGUUAACUAUUCAAACAGCUCCUGCAUAUCCUCUUUUGUUAGCAUUUCCCAUUAACAUCACUUCUUAAAAAAUAUUAACUCUGCGCCAGAUUUCCGCAUGUGUGUUUAGGUUUCAUUUGGUUUAAGUAACCUGUAACAGCUUAACACAGUGCUCCGCCUCAUAAGCUUUUAAAUAUGAACAAAGCAGGUAUUCAUUUUUCUUUUUCACCAGUAAGUAUAGUUCAAAAUUUCGGAUAAUCUUAUCGAGCUCUACCUAGCCUAUAUUGAGUCUGAUCAUAUUCCUAGUAGCAUAUUUAAAGCACCUUCAGCGUCAAUUAUAAACAAGAUAAAAACGUUACGAUCCUACUGGUUUGUUCCUUCGAACCUAAAGGUAGCAUCUGUACACGUCUUUCGCAAUGUUAAGAUUUAUAAAGAUGAUUUAAGUUUAUUGUUCAUAAUAAAGAACAAUGUGAGCCAC